UAGAUGAGAAUUGCAGUCGACUUAGAAUGAACUUUCGUUUCCAAAUAAUGAGUUGUCAUACGAGCUACUCAAGUUUUCUUCUUUAAAUUUCUGCUACAAUAUAUUCAAUCGAGCUGCAACAAUUAAGCUCGGAACCAUAAAUGGCCAAAAGUGAUGAUGAUGGGUUGAGUAGCAUUAAUUUGGCAGAGGCUGGAAAAGAAGCUGAUAAUGAGUUGAGCAGAAUUAAUUCGGCAGAGGUUGGAGAAGAAGCUGGUCGUGAAUUGGGUGUUGAAAUUACAGCUGAUAAUGAGUUGAGCAGAAUUAAUUCGGCAGAGGCUGGAACAGAAGCCGGUCGUGAAUUGGGUGUUGAAAUUACAGCUGAUAAUGAGUUGAGCAGAAUUAAUUCGGCAGCGGCUGGAACAGAAGCUGGUCGUGAAUUGGGUGUUGAAAUUACAGCUGAUAAUGAAUCCGGUAGUGUUGAGCUCAAAGCUAGUGAUAAAGAGUGGAUAAUAUCCAUUGUUGGAGAGAGACCCAAUGCAUCUUCAUACAAGCCACUACUACCCAAGGUUCCACGAGAAUUACGGGAGAAGGAGCAGAAUAAGGGUUUUUUUAAUCCUACAGUGGUUUCAAUCGGUCCUUAUCACCAUGGCAAGCCUGAGUUUAAAGAAGCCGAGAAGUUGAAGAACAUAGCGGCAUCUGGAUUCAUAGCUAGCAGCAAGGAAGAACCCCAUGAAGUCUAUAAGAAAAUGGUAGUAGUGGUAAGCGAUGCUAAGAACUUCUAUAUUGAGGGCUCAACAGACGCCUAUGACGAUGUAGCAUUCGCUCGUAUGAUGCUCCUUGAUGGUUGUUUUAUCCUGUACUUCAUAUCUGCCUUGCGGGGUGAAGAAGAAAUGGGCCUGUUAGAUGACCAUUUAGGUAUUGCUGUUAUGCGUGGGAUAAUUGCGGACAUCAGUUUGCUGGAAAACCAACUUCCUUUCGUAGUUCUGCAGGCCUUGAUUAGCACUACCAGUGCUAGAGAAGGUGAAUGGGAGGAAAUGAUUGAGAGUUUCAUUGCCAGAGUGUACAUAGAUGGCAAUGCAACGCAGAGCAAACGAACUUAUAAGCAUGAGAAAAAACAACCCCUUCAUUUACUAGACCUUAUAAGGAGAAGAUUUGUCGGCCAAUACACUCCUGCCGAUGAACAAGUUAGCAGCAGCGGGGGCAAAAUAUACCAAGAUGAUGGUCCUGCGAACUCUCCCCUUGCUAUCAACGUCUCCACUUGCCUCCUCAGGUUCCUGCAUUCAUUAGUUAGGUGACCGAAAUUACUAUAGAAAGCGCAAUGUUUGGACUAAUCUCUCUUUCGAGAGAUUGUCUAAUUGGUAGGGGAGAGCGAAACUUAUCUUUGUUUUCUUGGUACAACCUAGCCAAGGUGACCUUGAGUAGAGUAACCAGUUCUUCUUCCCUCGGCCUCUUUUUUGCCUUCCAGGAGGUUUGACGCUGCGGCGGAGCUUGUUUCUGCCGGAUCUUGGCUUUAGAUUUCUCCUUUGUUGAGAUAAUUGACGUCUUUCUCGUAUUAAUUGCUUCUUCUUCCAAACACAUGAAAUCGUCGGCUCUCUUGUUCAGCUCAUCCAUGGUCUUCGGCGUAUUCACCACCAGGCUUGUGUAAAAUAGUGCCCCUCAGUUCAUGGCCAGUUUGAAUGCUUGAACUGCCAUGAAUGGAUAACAUUCCAUUACCAUGCUCUUGACAAGGUUGAACUUGGUGAGGAAAGCUUGGAGUUGUUCAUCUUCGUACUGCUUCAUUGUAAAUAGGCUUGAAACAUCUUUAGCCGAACGCUUAUUCCCAUAGUAUUGGCUUAUGAACUUGUCACACAAGUCUUGGAAGCUAGCGAUUGACCCUUGGGCCAGAUUCUUAAACCAAUUGAGCGCUGGCCCGGCCAAACUUAUAGGAAAAUACUUGCACAUCAGAGGAUCAAUUUUCGUGUUCAGCGCCAUUUUUAACUGAAUGUGGUAAAUGUGAUCGAUCGGGUCAGUCGUUCCAUCAAACAGAAUGAAAACCGGCAUGAAAAACUUCCUCAGAUUCUGAGCAUUCAAGAUCCCGUCAGUGAAUGGAGAGGCAACCAUUCUUGCGGAUGAACGGAGGGUUUCAUUCUCCCUUGAAAACCGUAGGGAAAUCUUUCGAUCAACAGAUCUUUUUUCCGAACUCCUGUAGUCAUACGUUGCCAUUGAGGGCCGGUAGGAUGGAUCAAAUGAUCUUUCCUUUGUGAAUUCUCUCUGCCACGGUGACGUAGCUCUAUGAUGGCCAAUCUCCAUAGCUUCAUCGCACCUCAAUCUUCCCUGACAUGGACCAAACGCUGCAGCUUCCUCUCGCAUGGUAUGCUCGUAAUACGGAUCCAAGUGGAUAGAUCCCUCUAGAUCCUCCAUCUAACGGACAUUUGGAGGUAAAUCGGCCGGCAUGAUCUCCUCGCGAUGAAGAUCCAUGCGAUUGUUUCCUUCUGGAUCAUCUUGAUGAGCAGCAUUGGGUGGCAAGACUCCCUCUCCUACUGGAGGUGGCCUUAGAAUAGCCAGAGCCUCCCGACGCUCCAUUCCAGCUCACAAUUCUGCAUUCUCUCUUCGCAGGGCUUUGAUCAUGCUCAUCAAUUCAUCGAGCUUCGACUGCUGGCCAUUCUCUAGUGGAUUUGAGCUCUCACCUCCGAUCAUCAUUUCUGAUCGGAGCAAAGUCAUUAACCGCAAAUUUCUGAUCAGAUCUAUGCUUCGCGAAUGCGAGCGUACUAGAUCUAGACUGAAACGAGCUGAAUUCUGAUCUCAAUUGGCCGGAUCUGAAUCUCUCCUGCCGUGAGCUUGUCAAACUUAGCAAUCUAAGCAAAUUGCAACUGCGUAAACCAACUAGACAAAUACAGAUUACAAUUGCGUAGAUCGGAUGCCAAUCUCUCAAAAUCAACUAGAACCAAAACUCUGCAAGACGAAUCACAACCUCCCUGAUCUGGAUUCAACUUUCAGAGAUCAAGCUUCUUCUUCACGAACUAGCUUUGAUCGAAUCAAUCUUGAUCAAAUGCAGAUCGAUCCUCGUCGUUUCCCACGGACGGCGCCAUUGAAGAUGCAAGAAAUUUCUCCCCUUAAUUUGACAGAAUAUCUUUACACUUCAAGAAUUUUCCAUUCCCCUUUUCCCCUCUAUUUUCAGUCUAUUUAUAGACUAUUACAAUUUUCUAGAAGCUUCCUAACUAACUACUUGCGCUGGGCUCGUUCUUCAGGCUUCUCUAGUCAUGGGCCUGACUACUUUCAGGGGGCCUUCAGCGUCAUUCUUCAAUCUUGGGCCCGACUUGCGAAGACUUGGUUUGGACCAAGGUCACUUAUCCAGCCCUUUUUUGGCAUCCUCACAGACUUUUAAGCCGUUAAUUUGAACAGUUGUGAUCGUAAUACAUCGUAGUGUUUUUUAUUUAUUUUAUGUAUAUAUUAUGUGGUUCAUAAUACGGAGCAAGACUGCUCCAAGUCAGUAGAUUAGAAUUAAUAAUUGUUAAUCAGAAUUAAUAAUUUGUUUUUCCCCUAAUGUUUCUUGCCAAAAUUGAAAGGUUUUUAUGUAAUUUGACCUAUAACUUAUCCACAUCUCUAUAUUUACACAAAAUAAUAGUACUUGCUCUGAACAAGACUUUUAAGCUAUUGAUUGAACAAGUUGUGGUCGUAAUAAAUCGUUGUGUUUUUUUUAUUUAUUUUAUGUAUAUAUCAUGUGGUUCAUAAUAUGGAGAUAGACUGCUCCAAGUCAAUAGAUCAGAAUUAACAAUGGUUAAAGUCAACUUAGAAUGAAGUUUCAUUUCCUAAUAAUGAGUUGUCAUACGAGCUAGUCUAGUUUUCUUCUUUAAAUUUCUGCUAGAAUUCGAUCGUGCUGCAACAAUUAAGCUGGAAACCAUAAAUGGCCAAAAGUGAUGAUGAUGAGUUGAGUAGCAUUAAUUUGGCAGAGGCUGGAAAAGAAGCUAGUCGUGAAUUGGGUGUUGAAAUUACAGAGCUAGCUGAUAAUGAGUUGAGCAGAAUUAAUUCGGCAGUGGUUGGAGAAGAAGCUGGUCGUGAAUUGGGUGAUGAGUGGAUAAUAUCCAUUGAUGAAGAGAGACCCAAUGCAUCUUCAUACAAGCCACUACAGAAGGUUCCACGAGAAUUACGGGAGGAGGAGGAGGAGAAUAAGGGAUUUUUUAAUCCUAAAGUGGUUUCAAUCGGUCCUUAUCACCGUGGCAAGCCUGAGUUCAAAGAAGCUGAGAAGUUGAAGAACAUAGCGGCACGUGCAUUCAUAGCUGGCUGCCGCAAUGGAUUAAAACUCCGUGUAAUCUAUAACGAGAUGCUAGAAGUGGUGAACGAUUUGAGGAACUGCUACAUUGAGGGCUCAACAGUUGCCUAUGACGAUGUAGCAUUCGCCCGUAUGAUGCUCCUUGAUGGCUGUUUUAUGCUGCGCUUCAUAUCUUCCAUCAAUAGUCAAGAAAUAUUCUUUUUGGAUGAGCUGAUUAAGCAUGUAGGUGUUGCUGGUUUCCGUGGGAUAAUUGCGGACACCAGUUUGCUGGAAAACCAACUUCCUUUCCUAGUUCUCCAGACCUUGAUUAACAGUACUCAGGAAGAAGGCAAAUGGGAGAAAUUGAUGGAGGAAUUCAUUGCCAGAAUGUACAUAGAUGACAAUGCAAAGUGGAUGGAAAAAAAGUAUAAGCAUGAGAAAGAACAACCCCUUCAUUUCCUACACCUUAUAAGGAGAAGAUUUAUCGGCCAAUACUCUCCGGCAGAUGAAGAAGUUUACAGCAGAAGCGUCAAAAUAUACCAAGACGAUGGUCCUGGUAGAUUAGAUGACCAACCCCGUCCACGUCGUUCCUUCAAAACGGUAAUUCCCUGCUGGCCCAAAAGAAGGCAUAGGAAGAGCAACCCACACAAGGAUAUUUAUACCCACUCAUUUCGUUCAGCCACACAACUUAAAGCAAAGCAAGGGGCAUACAUUUCAGGCCAAACACCACAUUUUCAUUGACGGACUUCACUCUCAGUUCUCGGUUUGGCUACGGACUGCUAACACUUCCUCAACUCACAUUUGACUGGGGAACAAAAUUAUGUCUUCUAAACAUGAUGGCCCAUGAGUUGGCUCCCGUGUCUUUCAUAACAGAUGCUGAUGUUAAAAUGGAUGUAUGCAGUUACAUCCAUUUUAUGAAUUCAGUCAUAAAUGGAGCUGAAGAUGUGAUCGAGCUGCGAACACAUAACAUCAUUCAUAACUUCUACAGCACUGAUGAAGAAGUGGCAAAAGCAUUCAACUCCGUGGCCAUAGGGGGUAGAUAUCAUUCCUUCGGCGGACCUACCAAAGAUUUCAGUGAUGCAAUACAAAAGCAUUACAAUAGCAGGAUGAAGACUUGGACGGCUCAACUAUGGAACAAUUAUUUUAGCAAUCCCUGGUCUGUUGUGGCUUUCUUUGCAGCAACUUUUGCACUGGUUCUGACUUUCAUUCAGACAUUUUUUCCUCAUUAGCAAAAUUAAAGGUUCAAGGACGACAUAGGAGCUGGAUGGAUUCAUCAAUUGAUCAACUGAUCUGUUGCGAUACUCCUGUUUGUCAAAUAAUAGGAUCCUCCAAGUUUCAAGGGCUGCCAACAAGUUAAUCAUGUGUGUGUUCGUCAGGAGUAGAGGUUGUUCGUGCUGAGCGGGGAUCAGUUUACUUCAUUCUUCCGAUGCUACAUAGGAGUUUCUUUAUGAUUCAGUUUCCUGAUUUAGACAAUUAUUACUGUCAUUUGUUUAGUUUGGAUUUUCUAGGGGUCCAUACAGUAUGGAUUCCCGAGUUGUAUUUUGGAGGAUCAGUUGUAUCAGAAGAGUUUAUUAAUUAAUGGAAAUAUAUUUUGAGGU